AUGAAAAUACUCAUCGCUUUCGGGCUCCUCUCACUGGUCGCGUCACAAGAUCCGCCGGGUACUGCUCCGACGGCAGCAGAGAUUCUUGCCGAAAAUAUCAACGGACAGACUGUUCACGAGUUCCGAGGAUACUACAAACGAGAACACUCCCUUAUUAAGCCAUACACAGGAUCCGGAGCAGAUAUUCCCAACUGGAACAUCGUCGGAAGCACCUUCAUCUCUUCGAAUCAAAUCCGAUUGACAGCCGAUGAUCAGAGCAAAGCAGGAGGACUUUGGAACACGCAGCCAGUAUGGUCUCGCGACUGGGAGCUCCAAGUAUCGUUCAAGGUGUCCGGAAGCACUGGAGAUUUGUUCGGAGAUGGAAUGGCCAUUUGGUAUACUUCGGAGCCAAACCACUUGGGACCAGUUUUCGGAGGAAAAGACUAUUUCCGUGGACUCGCUGUGUUCUUGGAUACUUACAGCAAUCAUAAUGGACCACAUCAGCACGGUCACCCAUUCAUCUCCGCUAUGGUCUCCGACGGAAGCUUGCAUUACGACCACGACAAGGACGGAACCCACACCCAACUCGGAGGAGAGAACACCGGAUGUACUGCCAAGUUCCGUAACAAAGAUCACGACACCCAACUUCUUAUCCGUUAUGUUGGAGACACUCUUUCCAUCUUCACCGACAUUGAAAACAAGGGAGUGUGGAACUUGUGUAUGAGCGUCAACAACGUUCAACUGCCAACUGGAUAUUACAUCGGACUUUCUGCUGCUACUGGUGACUUGUCGGAUGCCCAUGAUGUUGUUUCUGUCAAGAUGUUUGAGCAAGAGUUCGCCCAUGUUGAGCGAGUCGGAGAGGCUGACCGUCGUAACGUCGUCCCACAUGCCCAAUUCACCACAUCUCCAAGAGACCACUCGGAUGAUGCCAGACCAUCCAGCCUUGGAUGGGGAGGAACCAUUGCUUUGGUGAUUGUUGGAAUCAUUGUUCUUGUUGGAGGACUUGGAUUUGGAGUCAUUUACUUCCAAAAGAAGAACGAGCGACAGAGGAAACGAUUCUAUUAG